AGUAGCAGACCACGGGACGGUCAGAGGGACCUGGCAGCAGUUAAAGCUCUUCAAUUUAUAAACCGCACGAAGAACACAAACACUUGAGGGUGUUCCAAAAGUCAGCAAAACGGAGAGAGACCGUUUGUGAUGACGCCUACUUAUUUAUGUUUUAUGUAAAGUACAAACGCAUUGCAGACAGGUUUUUGUGACACUGUCAAAAUGGUUUGUCACAUUAUUUUAAGUGACAACUUAAGCUCUUGUUUGCACUGUAUUUUGAAAGCAGAUUCAAAUUCCGGAUGUCAGAGUGUCUUUGAAUGCACCACCAAGGAAAAGUGUGUCCAAAUAAUUCCGGGAAUUGAACUGAACCUUCAUUGGACGAUAACGUGACUUUGAUACAAAUAUUUGCCAUGGUGGUGUUUGGCUGCAUCACAACAGAGGGAUACAUCAACAGCUCCCAUAGUGCCGAGGCAAAGUGCAUCUUCAACCAGAAUGACUCGGCGUGCCAAUAUGCUGUUGGCAUCGGGGUGAUUGCCUUCCUGGCCUGCGUGGCCUUUCUGGUGUUGGAUGUCUACUUGCCUUUCAUGAGCAAUGCACAGGAAAGGAAGUAUGCAGUCAUGGCUGACAUGGCAUUCUCAGGGGCCUGGACCUUCCUGUGGUUUGUGUGUUUCUGCCUGUUGGCCAAUCAGUGGGGUGGCACUCAUGAUGUCAGUGGUAUCCCCGAGGACGCUGCCCGCGCCACCGUGGCCUUCUCGUUCUUCUCUAUCGCCACCUGGGGAAUCCUAGCCUACUUUGCCCUGGGUCGCUUCCGCCGUGGUGUAAAUGAAGUUACUAUUCCAACCUACGCAGAGCCGCCAGCAGAUCACCACACCCCUUACCCUCCGACCUACCCCCCCACCGCCUACAAUCCGACUACCUACACCCCGACCACUUACACAGCCUAUCCCAGCAGUGUGCCCGACAUGCACCAACAGCCUCCCUUCACCUCGAACCCUCAGCCGCAAGGAGACGUCGGCUACCAGCCGCCCGUCUACUGAGACAAAGGGAGCUCAGACAGCCGAGGUGGCGUCUCCGGUCAUCUGCUGAUAGAGUGACUUGGAGUUGCACUGCACAGACACGGAACUAUAUCAUAUUGAUGUGGUUUCACGUUUGAUUUAAACCCCCCCCCCCCACACACACAUACACACACAAAUAUUGUCAAAUUUGAGAACCUGAGCAGUGCAACUGCAAGUUUAGCGAUGAGGGACACUGCAGUUUACGACAAAGGGUCUGUUGUCAGGUCUCGAGAAGUCAGGCUGAUUGUUGAGAUUAGUGCUGAUGAUUGGGUAAUCUGACUAUAGACCUCUGUGCAAAGAUGCAACUCUUACCUCAACUGGGCUGAUCCUGAAGGGGAGAGGUAGAUGGAAUGUACCCAGGAGGUCAAAGGUCACAUCAUGUGACUUUAUGAAGCUCCAGUCGGAGCGGAAGAAGAAAACACUGGAUGUGUUUCUCAUUUACUCUCUGCUGGAGCCUGCGAACGUGCGUUUGUACAUAGGUGUCACAAUGCGAAGCUGCCAUUUUAAUGGUUGUAUGUGCCUGAUUUCGUUUCUUAUUAAUUUAGAGGAUUUCCCCCUCCAGUUCCAGUAUCUUGAGGACCUAUAAACAGUUUAGGAUGUAUUAAAUCAAGUAUUGUUUGGGAGUAUAGUGGUAAAAGACAUCUGUAAAGCCAAAGUCCCUCUGUGAUUGAGUCACGAUUUUUUGAAAAGGGUGCUCUGUGGGGAUUGUGCAGUGAGCCAUCUAACCAUAAAACACCUGCACUAGGUUACAUUUGCCAAACUGUGGACGUGUUCAUUGGAUGUGCGUAGUCAGUGUUGCUCUUUAAACCUGUAUCUAACAUUCAGAUAGACGGGGGGAGGGGGAAUGUAGAUAACAAUGCACUUAUUGAACAAGUUUAUCCACGGAGCAUGUCCUCAUUCUGAAGAGUAACUUAUUAACGAUCUGCAGCAACAAUGCUUCUUCUUUACUCUGUGAAUAGCGAGGGCUCGCACUUCCUCCAAGGUCUCGGUGACACCAUGUUUAUCUCCAGUUUACUGGCCCAAGCUGAACAGUCAAAGGCAGCGUGUGUGUCUUCACAGAUGACAGAUUAACGCCUCAGCCUGCGAUGGUGAGAAGCAAACACCUGUCCCGGUUUACUUUGUCAUUUUUUGUUUGUUAGUUGAACAGCUCAGUCAAAGUCAAGAGUUGGCCUGAGAUCAGUUUUUCUUUGGAUCUGUGAAUGAUACAUCAGAAAUUGAAUGUGGCUAUAUUCAUCGAACAGGAUGCAGUUAAUGGGUGUAAACAUUGUCGAUUGUAUGGUUUGACCUUAAGAAGAAAACACUUGCAGAUAUAUAUGCAAAAAUAUAUUUUGCUGAUGAUUUUUUCUUUUCAUUUGUGCCUGAAGGAGAGAAACUGAACUUGAAAGUUAUUACAGUGAAAGUGAGUGAGAGUAAAAUGUGCCAUGAUUAAAUACUGAUGCUAUAUUUAGUUUAAACAGCUGUGUAUCAAAGCUGCCCUCAAUGCUGCACCAGAGUGAUUUAUGUUUCAUUUUAGGUUUCAUGUUCUGGAAAAUAUGUGAUAUCUCUUCUUCAGUGAGCACUUGGAAUCUAUGUAUUUAUGUGAGUUUGUCUUAAUCACCAAGCUUGAAUAACUCAACUGACUGCUUCCAGCUUCUCCCUGCAGUUUAAUGGUAAUGAGGCCAAAACUUGGUGUGAGAAGUUGACUCGAUGUAUAGAGUAGCCCACAUUAAAAUUACAAUGACUUGGCAAAGUAAUUCUGCAUAUUUUGUUAGAUUCGAUUAUUUUUGAAUGGUCCCAGAAUUGUGACAAGAACAGUUUGUAAGAAUUCAUGUUUAUGAUAAUGAUUUGUGAUGCUUACUUCGAUUGUUUUAUAAAAACUGGCACAAAAUCUUA